GAGGCGGGAUGGAUCUCAGCGAGCUGGAGAGAGACAGUACAGGCCGCUGUCGCCUGAACUCGCCUGUGCCUUCUGUGUGCCGCAGGGAGCCCUGCGUCCUGGGCGUCGAUGAAGCGGGCCGGGGCCCAGUGCUGGGCCCCAUGGUCUAUGCCAUCUGCUAUUGCCCGCUGUCCCGCCUGGCAGAUCUGGAGGCCCUGAAAGUGGCAGACUCAAAGACCCUGUCGGAGAGCGAGCGGGACAGGCUCUUUGCGAAAAUGGAGGAGGACGGGGACUUUGUGGGCUGGGCACUGGACGUGCUGUCUCCAAACCUCAUCUCUACCAGCAUGCUUGGGCGGGUCAAAUACAACCUGAACUCCUUGUCUCAUGAUACCGCCACUGGGCUGGUGCAGUAUGCGUUGGACCAGGGUGUGAAAGUGGCCCAGGUGUUUGUGGACACUGUGGGGCUCCCGGAGACAUAUCAGAAGCGGCUGCAGCAGUGCUUUCCUGAUAUUGAGGUGACAGUCAAGGCCAAGGCUGAUGCCCUCUACCCCGUGGUCAGUGCUGCCAGUAUCUGUGCCAAGGUGGCCCGAGACCAGGCCGUAAAGAACUGGAAGUUUGUGGAGAAACUGCAGGACCCGGACACUGAUUAUGGCUCAGGCUACCCCAAUGAUCCCAAGACAAAAGCGUGGUUGAGGAAGCACGUGGACCCUGUGUUCGGCUUCCCCCAGUUUGUCCGGUUCAGUUGGCGCACAGCCCAGAGCAUCCUGGAGACGGAGGCAGAAGAUGUUACGUGGGAGGACUCGCAGUCAGGGGAUCAGGAGGGACUCAGGAGGAUCAAGUCAUACUUCAGCGAAAGCCCCCGAACCCGCCCCCGCCUCCCCCAUCGGUACUUCCAGGAGCGGGGCCUGGAGUCAGCCACCAUCCUGUAGGAGCCAGCCCGAACUCCCUUUACCUGUCCACCCCCCCCCCCCCCCCCACCUCCAGUUGGUGAUUAAAAUUCUUCAAGGGAAG